CUUAACUUCAGUGCAACGCAGCAGCGCUUCCAUGAAAACGGGGUGCUGAAUUCGACGGUGUUGGUGAUCAUGGGCGACCAUGGGAAUAGAAUCCAUGACAUCCAGCGACCUAUGUUGGCCGAAUUGAGGAGCGGUCCCCGCUAUUCAUUAGUUUUCAAAACUGCUAAAUUCAUUGUACGUCAUAAUUUGAGGCUAACAAGUAAUUACAACGUGCAUCAAACACUGAAGGAUAUUGCUUGGGCGGAAUUCCGACACAAUAGGCCCUAUCGCGAUAGGAAAGGUUGUUCUUACUUACAGUAUGCAAAGGCAAAAGUGAGCGUCAAAAUUUCAUUCUAA